CUAAUCUCCCUAGGCAAGGUUCAUAUUUGUGUAGGUUACUUAUUCUCCUUUUGUUGACUAAGUCAAUAAUCAGAAUCAGCAGGUUUGGAGUCAGCUUGGCAGGGAUCAGCAGCCUGGGUUGGAAGGAGGGGGUAUAAAAGCCCCUUCACCAGGAGAAGCCGUCACACAGAUCCACAAGCUCCUGACAGGAUGGCUUCCCUUCGACUCUUCCUCCUUUGCCUCGCUGGACUGGUAUUUGUGUCUGAAGCUGGCCCCGCGGGUGCUGGAGAAUCCAAAUGUCCUCUGAUGGUCAAAGUCCUGGAUGCUGUCCGAGGCAGCCCUGCUGUAGACGUGGCUGUAAAAGUGUUCAAAAAGACCUCUGAGGGAUCCUGGGAGCCCUUUGCCUCUGGGAAGACCGCGGAGUCUGGAGAGCUGCACGGGCUCACCACAGAUGAGAAGUUUGUAGAAGGAGUGUACAGAGUAGAACUGGACACCAAAUCGUACUGGAAGACACUUGGCAUUUCCCCGUUCCAUGAAUUCGCGGAUGUGGUUUUCACAGCCAACGACUCUGGCCAUCGCCACUACACCAUCGCAGCCCUGCUCAGCCCAUACUCCUACAGCACCACGGCUGUCGUCAGCAACCCCCAGAAUUGAGAGACUCAGCCCAGGAGGACCAGGAUCUUGCCAAAGCAGUAGCAUCCCAUUUGUACCAAAACAGUGUUCUUGCUCUAUAAACCGUGUUAGCAGCUCAGGAAGAUGCCGUGAAGCAUUCUUAUUAAACCACCUGCUAUUUCAUUCAAACUGUGUUUCUUUUUUAUUUCCUCAUUUUUCUCCCCUGCUCCUAAAACCCAAAAUCUUCUAAAGAAUUCUAGAAGGUAUGCGAUCAAACUUUUUAAAGAAAGAAAAUACUUUUUGACUCAUGGUUUAAAGGCAUCCUUUCCAUCUUGGGGAGGUCAUGGGUGCUCCUGGCAACUUGCUUGAGGAAGAUAGGUCAGAAAGCAGAGUGGACCAACCGUUCAAUGUUUUACAAGCAAAACAUACACUAAGCAUGGUCUGUAGCUAUUAAAAGCACACAAUCUGAAGGGCUGUAGAUGCACAGUAGUGUUUUCCCAGAGCAUGUUCAAAAGCCCUGGGUUCAAUCACAAUACUGAAAAGUAGGCCAAAAAACAUUCUGAAAAUGAAAUAUUUGGGUUUUUUUUUAUAACCUUUAGUGACUAAAUAAAGACAAAUCUAAGAGACUAA